AUGGCAGCACCUUCAUCCUUCAGAUGGAUCAUACGCCACUCAUGCACAAGGUCACCUCCAUUCCACCCCAGGAUUAUCAGCCAGUCUGUCCGGCGUUGGAGGAAUGAAGCUGGGAUUGCCUGGAAUCCAGCCUCGGCCGUCCAUGGACGCGGGCACCCCUUUUCGUCGACCAGCACACUCUCGAAACGGCAAUCAUUAGACAUCUUGCCAAACCGCAGAGCCUUCCGUCUCAAAGACACCCCUGCUCAUGAACUGCUUUGUCUUGAAUGGUCUCAGCCUCCAUGUAACCUCCUCCUUAUCAAAAAGGAAUAUUCCGACGAAGCCACCGAGGCCCUCAUAGAGUUCAGCAGGCAUGUCAAGGCCACUUACCCUGGUGUGAAUAUACUUCUGGAACCGAAAGUCUCGGCUGAGUUAGGCCAUGUGGUACCAGGAGAUCACUUCAGCCCUGAAGAUGCUUCACUAGCUUCAAGGCAAAAGCUUCAAGACAAGGUCGACCUUGUCGUGACCUUUGGCGGCGAUGGCACCAUCCUCCACGCCUCUUCCAUGUUUGCAACAUCUCCAAAGGUUCCUCCGAUUCUUUCCUUCAGCAUGGGUACUCUGGGUUUCCUGAGCGAAUGGAAAUUUUCAGAAUACAAGCGGGCCUUCCGAGAAGUAUACAUGUCUGGUGCUUCUUCUGAAAGACACGCUGUCAUUCAGAAUGCUUCUCCGAGCGAACAAGGCUCCAUAACGGACUGUACCGGCUGGUCAUCUAUCCGUGGCAUGUCCAUGGGCCCGGCACGAGGUUCAAGAGUCCUCGUUCGGCAGAGAUUAAAGGUUGGUCUCUUUGAUGCCGCUGGCAAGCGAUUGGGUAAUGGUGAUCUCUUGCAUGACUUACAUGCAAUGAACGAAAUGAUUUUGCACAGAGGUCAAGAUCCGCACCUCGCCAUUGUCGAUGUUUUUGUAGGAGGUCGCUUUCUCACCGAGGCCGUAGCAGACGGCAUAAUCAUCUCCACACCUACCGGAAGUACGGCUUACAGCCUCAGCAGUGGCGGGAGUAUUAUACACCCACUCGUGCCAUCUUUGCUUCUUACACCAAUUUGUCCUAGAAGUCUGAGUUUCCGCCCUUUGGUGCUGCCAGCAACCACUCCUCUCACACUAAAAUUGAGCGAGAAGAAUCGAGGUCGAGAAGUCGAAUUCAGCAUCGACGGCAAAAGACAUACCGAUGGCAUUGGUGUUGGCACCGAAGUCCGAGUCUCCGGUGAAGAUAUCAGGAAUGGCCCAGAAGGGUUUGUCGGCGGCAUUCCGUGCAUAAUGAGAAGAACAACUGCAGGUACCGAAGGGGAUGAUGGUUGGGUAGGUGGACUAAACGGGCUGCUGAAGUUCAAUUAUCCCUUUGGCGAGGAGAGCUGA